AAUAAUAAGUGUUUCAAAGUUGCUCAUCUCAGCCCCAACUCUGUCUCUCACUAACCAUUUUGCUCUGUUUUUCAAAUUCUUCACCACCACCACCACUUUCAGCCAUGACUUCAAGCUCUAGCGAAUUAAUCCAAGAUUUCGCACGCCUUCGCCAAAUCUACAAAGACGGCCAUGUAGAUCGACUCAACUGGUGCGAGUAUGUUCCCCCAUCCUUUGAUCCCACAGCCAAUGUUUAUUCCAAAGACAUAGUGAUAUCAAAAGAUGAAGAAAUAUCUGCUAGGAUCUACCUUCCAAAGCUCAAUGAUCCAAACCAAAAGCUCCCUCUCCUUGUUUACUUCCAUGGUGGUGGUUUCGUCUUAGAAACACCCUUUUCUCCUCCUUACCACAAAUUCCUCAACACCAUUGUUUCUCAGGCUCAAGUAAUUGCUGUGUCUGUGCACUACAGAAGAGCCCCAGAGCACCCUCUUCCCAUUGCUUUCGAAGAUUCAUGGACUGCACUCAAAUGGGUCGCUUCUCAUUUCAGUGGAAACGGUCCUGAUGAGUGGCUCAACCGCCACGCUGAUUAUGAUAACGUGUUCUUCUCAGGGGACAGUGCAGGGGGUACCAUUGCACACCACAUGGGUCUUCGGGUUGGAACAGAGGGGCUUCAGGGUGUCAAGCUUGAAGUUGAAGGGAUUGUUUUGGUGCAUUGCUUCUUUUGGGGCGUGGAGCGAAUUGGAUCUGAGGCAGAGAAACCGGAAGUUGCAGCGUUUAUGGGGAAAUGGUGGCGGUUUGUAUGCCCCAGUACCCCUGGAUCUGAUGAUCCAUUGUGUAAUCCUGCUAAGGAUCCGAAUCUGGGGAAGCUCUCUUGUAAGAGAGUGUUGGUUUGUGUUGCUGGGAAUGAUUUGUUGAAGGACAGAGGUUGGUAUUACAAGGAGUUGCUGGAGAAGAGUGGGUGGGAAGGUGUUGUGGAAGUGAUGGAGGCAAAAGGGGAAGGUCAUGUGUUUCAUCUCUUCAACACAAAAUAGGAUGAUUUCAAACUUUGCUACAAGCUACGUAACUCAGAUCUGAAAGAAGUAAAACAGAAGUUGUUCUCGGUUAAGAAAUAUUCUACUUCUAUGAAUUUGGAAUUACACCAAGAAGGCCAGAACAUGCUUUAUUGUAAAUCAUUUGUGCUGCCCUCCAAAUAAUAAGGAUUUGUUUACUUGAAUGAGCAAUGAUUAUCUCGUGCUACUUUUUUUUUUUAAAAAAAAGUAUAUUUUAUUAUUUAGUUAGAAGAUAAUGUAAUGUAUUUAUAUUUAAAUUAAUUAAUUUUGAGUUAAAAGAAUAUUCCGUUAGCAUAUUUUGGAUGAUGUUAAAGGGGGUGGGGUGAAGUGUAGAAUUUAGAGAAGAAUUGAGUUAAGUGUAAUUGUGAGAUUAUUAUUGGGGUGGAGUGCAUAUUUUGGAUAAGAAUGGAGCUUAGUGUUAUUCUCACAAAUCUUGAGGGGGUGGGUGUAUUUUACUCAAAUUAUAUUAUCAAAAAGCUUGAAGGCUCUAAGCAUAGUUACAACCAAGCCAGCUUUGACGGAAGCUAAAAGAAAGCUAGAAAGUUUAGGUUUGUAUGUUUGUUGAUGCAUUGUUUAUUUCAAAUGAACAUUUGUUAUCUUUUUAUAAGUAUGUGUUCUAUUUGAGAUUAAGGGGAUUUAUAGAAUAGAAGAAAUUGUGAUGGUCUUUCACUCGAUCCUAAAUUAAAUAUUUUUUUCUAUUUAACAAUUUAGCAAGGUAGAGAGUUAUCUAAAUGACUCAUGUAGGUUACUAACCCAUAAUUUUAUUGAUCAAUAAGAUUUUUUAUAAAUAAAUGAAUAAAUAAAAUAUAGAAAUUUCAACUCACUUAUCUUCAAUGAGAUUGGAUGUUGAGUCAUUUAACCCAAACUUUCUCAUAGAUUAUUUAAACAACCCCAAGAUAAUCAUAUAUAAAAUAAAACUAAACUAAAUAAAGAAACAAGAGUCAUCGAUUAUAAGAGAGACUCAUUUAAAAAGUAAUUUUCUCUGCCCAAAAUCGGCAAAGUAAAUGACAACUUACACUCAAUUAGUAAAAAAUAAAAAAAGUUACGCUAGAUCCAUAAUAACUCAAAAUAAAUGAGAUAUUUUUUAACUUGAAGUGUAUUUUCAACAUCACCA